AUGGCGGACUUGCAGCGAUAAAUUUAUAACGCAAGAUAAAAGUUGUUUUAMCUGAUAAUUCUAUGAAAAUUUGACGUUAAUAUGUCUAAAUCUAAAAGAGGAAAAAGUGCUUCAGCUAAUGAAAUUAGUAAAUGGGAAACAGAGCUUAUUCAAGCCCAGUUUAACGAGGAAACAUGGAGAUCUAACGUAUUUUUUAUCGCUCCUGGAAAGUUUGAGGACAAURUAUAUGUCGAUAUUCUGUCGAAUGUCGUUUCAACUGGCCUUAGAAAGUUGUUCAGUGUGAUAACAGAAGACAGUCUACUCAGAGAUGUUAGGGAAUUUGGGAAAGGACACACAGGAGGUGGUAAAGGGAAGGGAGGAUCGGCCAGACCCCCACCAUUCUUUGAGGUCUGUGAACAGGCUAAAGCUCUUCUAGAUCAAGGAGAGCCUGUUCCUCCCUCAUUAAUGGCAAAAGUACUCAAAUUUAAACUGCUUCAAAUAAAGCAAAAAGAUUURGAAAGACGAGAAGAAGAGAGGAAGGCUCAAAAAGCUGCAGAAGCAGCCAAGAAAGAUGACAAGGGCAAGAAGUCUAGAAGUCCUUCAGGAAAGAGAUCUAAGUCACCAGGCAAGAAAAAAGGUAAAAAAGAAGCAGAUGUACCAGCCUCACCAAAGAAAGACACAAAACUCAAAAGAAGAGGUGACAUAGAGGAUACCUUCAAAACCAUUGAUGAUGAGCCAGAUGAUGCAGCAUGCCCUCAACACUAUGUCCUYAUUCAUGGGAUUCUAAUGCCUGCUGUYAUCAGCUGUCUUACKGACAUUGGUAUUACAGUAGACUCUAUUAUUUGUAUCAAGUCUGAGACUUACGACAAGUUUGAAACCAAAAUUGAGGAGAAACCUGAAGGAGAAAAACCCACAGAGGAACAAGAUCCUGAAGAGCUGGAAAAAGCCAUCCAAGAAGAUGAAAGAUUAGCUCAAAAGAAAGAGUUUGAAAACAGGCUUGAAACAUUUUGGAAAGAAUCAGAUAGUGUUGUGCUAAAAGCACAGUCUGGAAGUAAGCUWAAGGACAUUGCUAAGUACACUGUUCUUGUCAAAGAUAAGGAUGUGCCUGAAGAAAGCCUGCAAGAACUAGAGGAUGAGAAAAAGACUGAGUUUGGUACAAUCCUGUUUGAGGAUGUUGCAGUGACUUGCUAYAAUAUGCUUGAUCACUACAAUCUGUACAAACAGUAUCUAGAGAGCAUGAAGCUAUUGCACAUCCCUAUCCACACGACAGCACCUCCACCACCUGUUUUAGAGGUACCUUCCUCCCAGUCUGUCAUGGGUACAGCAGCACCUGACACUCAGGCUCCUAUUCAUGUUGAAGUGGACACACGAUAUUACAAGCACCUCAUGGAUAUAGUCCCUCCAGAGAGCCAUAGUGUUCCUCUAUUACUGCACUGCCUGCUGGAACAGGUCAGUGUAACUGUAGACGAAAAUAACCCACUUGAUAAAGAAAGCCCAGUACGUGUUGAUGGUCUCAACCAUGUACUAGCUAAUCAUAUCAACAAUAAAGCAAGCAAACUUGCUCUCUCUGAAGAUGCCAAGUUGUCUAUUUCAGACAAUUUGGACAAAGACAAGAAACCAGGGAAUUCCAAACUWCCAAUCUUACUUCACCAUGGAGACSAGUUGUCAGCUCGUGCUCAUCACCUCAAAUCACAAAACAGCCUCGAUCCCAUGCAAGUAGAGCUAAAAAUGCUCGAAUUCACGCAAAGCURUAUGGGAGAAAUCUCUGAACCAAAAGAGCGGGAAACUGUCGAACGUGCCGCGUGCACUAGUGAAUUGCGUCACUUCUUGAAGUCAAAGUCCGUUAAUCCUGACAUCAUGGAACAAGCGUUAAAGCAGUACGCCUUUGAAGGAAUGCUUCUUAAAAGUGUGAAUGACAAUGGAGACAUCAUAGAUCCUGUUGAGUUAGAUGAAGCRUUCAGGUCAUAUUGUAAUCCUUGGGACUAUCCGUACAGUAGACUCGAGGACUUUAUGAAGGUCAAAUUCUGCAGCGAUGAUUCAGGCAAACUCAAGAUAUCUGAGAUUGAAAGUAAUUCACCUUUGACGUCAUUCCGUAACCUUGACGACUGGUGUUUUAUGGAGUAUUUUGACAAAACUACUUUACUUCAGGUUUUAGAGGACGCUCGUUUCACCCUACCAUAUAUGGACACAUAUUACCAUAAGAAAGACCACUCACUUCUAAUAGCCCUACACAACCCUGUUGGACAAGACUGUAAAAGCCAGUCAUCAUGGAAAACCAAACUACACUCGAAUGUAGGAUUCCGCAACUACCUGGACAAUGUGGCCACGUCAAUCAAYUCAUGGAUAGAUGAAAAGGAACGAAUUAGAAUAGAAGCUGCAAGAACCCCCACCCCACCCCCCAUAGUAAUUGAAGAAACUCCAGCUCCACUAAAGGAAGGAAGCAGGUAUGGCUUGAUGACCAGGACGCAGGUCAACGCACUAAAAGCAGAAGAAGAGGAAAAGAAUAAGAAAGGCAAAGGGAAAAAGAGUGCGCGAGGUACUCGGUCUCCUGGUAGGAACAGCGCUCGAUCUAGAGCUAAAGAUCAUUCGCCUGAUAMGAAAGAAAAAGAUAAGAAACGUGAAGGCUCAGCUGGCAGUCGACCCAAAUCAGGYCGUUCCUCAGCCAAAGGAUCACAAUCCACCAAGAGUGCUUCGAGCAAAGAUAAAAAAGGGUCAAGGUCAAGGUCACGACUUGGUUCUUCUGCUGAGCCUGGUGAAGAAACACCCUCUCAGCCAAUCGAGGCACCACUUGAAGAGUCCUAUGAUUUCAUUGGUUAUGACGUUGGGGACAACUUGAUACAUGCCUCCGGGUCCCUGUCAACUUURUUCCCUAGCGAUGGGGGCCAGAUUCGAGUAGACAAAAACUCAUACGUGCAAGGCACGAAAAACGUUAGGGUCUCCGUGUACAGGGAUGGGAAUAUAUUCAUUCUUCACUUUUUGGAGCCUCUGGAUGUCAUUCAGCCCAAAGAAGAUACAGAAGAAAAAAUAAAAACCACAGUAGAUGAAGAUAAAAAGAAUCGAGAGGGAAAUGUAGAAGAACACAUUGAAAAAAGUGAAAUUGAAGGGACAGAGAAAGAAACCAUUCAAGAGGUCCGUCAAGGACCAAAACCGUUCUGUGACUUUAGUUCUUUUGUUGCCCAAUUUAGCGAUGGCAUGAUUUUAACCCAUAGUGGAUAUGGUCCCUGUGGGUCCGUUAUUGAUAAAGAACCAAAAGAAGUCGAAGUCACUGUUACUAGUAUGGCUGUACCUGAUGGUGGUGUUACAGCACAUGGAACACCAAGCCCUCAGCCUAAGGCGUCUUCUCCAAAAUCAAGAAAAAAGAUGGACGAAGAGGCAAAAAGGAUGGAAGAGCUUCUUCAGCAACAAGAGGAAGAAAAGCAACGUCUCGAAGAAGAAGCAAAAAAACGUGCCGAAGAAGAGAAGAAAAAGAAGCCAUUUCAACAUUUCUACAUCACGUGUCCUGAUGGACUGCACGUUGAGUACUUUAACGAUGGUUUAUAUGCCAGUAAUGGCGAUAAGGGAGGGGUUGCGGUAAGACAAAGAUACCCAGUCAAAGGACUUGGACAUCACGAAUGUGAGACAUUGAGGCAAAAGGCCAUGGAGGAAGUUUCACGGACAGUGUUGACCAAUGGAACGGUCAUCAAAGUGUUAUUAGAUAUGUACCUCGUGAUCUUGCCGGCAGAAUUGACCUUGCAGGGUCAACAAACGAACCUAUGGACACCCCAGAGGGUUUGUAUGUCAUGCGCAGUGCAGAUCAACUGUGUUGUGAGGUCAAAGACAGUCGUGGAUAUCAGUUCACCGUCAAGUCUAAUGGGGAUACAGUGAUCGACAAAUCGUCCGCUAAAGAACAGCCUAGUAGUCCUGGAACAACUCUUGUCCCUCGAUAUUUUGUUGUUCACCAAGAUGGGACUGGUUUCGAGCUCUUACGCCAGUCCGAUGUCUGUGACUUUUUGUCCCGUGGUGAAAAAGACCCUGAAACUGCUGUGUUGAGGUCCCCAGUGGAAGGGCUCCAUCAAGCAACGUGCGUCACAUUAUUAAAGCCAUAUUCAGGGGGAAUAACAAACGUUUGGCUGAUGGAAAAGGAUGAGGGCAUAAUAGUCCCACAAGCUCUUAGGGAACGCGACUUUAAGGCAUUCCCAGCUAUAGAGGAAAAGCGUCCUGGUCCUACAUUUGGCAUCAAUGUUGGUGCCGGCCUUAAUGUUGGUAGUGUUCAAAAGAAGCAAACCGAACCCACAAUUACUUGCCCGAGAGCACUCGAAGUACGWCAGCUUAUCCAGUACAAACCGCUGACCGACGAAAACAGACAAACUAUCGUGAAGUGCAUGAAAGAAUACGGAGAAUACRUUGCUAAGAGACAAGAAAAACUCGACUCCAUUCUAUCGCAGGAUCCACGUGACGAGAGCGAAAAACUUCGCGCUGAGAAGCUUGAAUCAAAGAUGGCWGAAGACAAAGAAGGUUCCAAGCCUGACGAUGGAGCCAACAUCCAGCAACAAGAAGCUAACGAACCUCAAGAAUCAUCCGACACAAUUCUUGAUGCAUUGAAUAAUGCGACCACUGAUCUGCAAGGAGAUGGAGCAAGCCAAAAAUACAUAGAAGCAAUCACACCCGCACCAGUCCCUGCUCCACCACCACCGCGCUGGAAACGAUCCAAUGAAGAAUGGGAACGAGACAAGAUUGAAUUGGCCGAACUGGAGUAUGGGAAACAURCCUUGAGGCACAAAGAAGUACCACCUUACUUUGAUACGUCAGACGGUCAACGUUUUUUACGUCAUGAAUACAGCAAUGAUGAUAUCAACAUGGAGGUCUUGACGUCACGGCUAGCCGAGCAAACUCGUCACCCACCCCCUGGGGAGGGYAGUGUGCCAGACACACCCAGGUCCGACUCAGAGGGGAUUCAGAAGUCUGUACAGGAUUUCUCCAGCCCCGAAGCACUUCAGCAAGUCAGCAGUUCUAAUAAUAACGAUUCAACGUCACCUUCAGCCAAUGGGAAUACAUUAUCACCAAAUAACCUACGCCCUACUAACCCCACCCCUGCACAUGCUACUGGAGAUGGUACACCUACCCCCCUAAGACCAAACAAUCCAACACCUGCACAUGCCUCGUCCAAACCUGUGAAUGUCAGACCCAGUAAUCCUACGCCUAAACAUGCCGCUGAUCAAAGAGAUGGACUAAUAACCARUGACUCGCCCAAUUACGACGCGACGCAAUGGAGGAGUAACUUGGAGUCUGUUCAGGAAGUCGUGCAGCCCGAGGAGGAUCAUGGGAUAAAACAGGGGGACGAAUCAUAUGAAAAUAGCGAUGUUAUGAUUGUUACUCCCGGUAAUCCAAUGAUUGGAGCUAAGAGUUUGUACAUGGAUGUAACGGGGGUUGCAAGAAAGGACAAAGUUAAACUACCUGCCUCGAUUCUUAGCUCGAAACCAGGAGCUUUACCCAACACACAGUUUAUAGAGACUGAGGACCCAGUGCGCAGGCGCGUCAAUACCGUGUCUGUUGCUGGUGGCAACCAGGUAGCUCCUGGUCGUGUUGAGAGUCUACGAGGAUUCGAACUCCUACCCCCUAAGGUGUCAUUUGGUGUACUCAAAGAGGGCUGUACUUACAUACAUACUGUGCUAAUGAAGAAUGUCGGCAUUGACAGCUGUCGAUUUAAAAUCAAGCAACCGCCACCGUCAACAGGGCUACGCGUCUUGUAUAAUCCUGGACCGCUAUUAUGACGUCAUAUGAGUACGAGAAUCACUAUGGAGACCAGACGAAUGGUCUCAGUAAGGGAACUACGUUGAUACCAAAUAGACCRCCAUCACGUGAUCCUACCAGACCCAGAAAACCUGUUGACUAUACCAUCAUUGGUCAGGUUGAAGCCAGUGAAUCUUAGUUGGGGUGUUUACAGUGUUGAAGAGUGACUCUGUACAUAAAGCUAUUUUUAUUGUGAAUUGUUUACUUGUAUAAAUUGGAAUAUAAAUAAAAAACUUUGGAAUGAUA